AUGGAUGCGUCUGAGACUGAAAAACAGCCGAAUAAGGGUGUAGAGGAUGUGGCAGUAGAUGUUCUCGGAUUUGGAUGCCUGAUGAUCGCCGAUGUGCGAGCUUUGACCUUCGAAACAGUAGAUGAGGCAGAGAGAUUCUACUGUGCAUAUUCAGCAGCAGUUGGAUUUGGAUGUAGGAAGGAUGACAAGGGAGAGGCUAACGGUUUGAUUCGGUGGAGGCAGUGGGUCUGCUGCAAGGAAGGGACUCGAGGUAAAAAGUACUUGGAAGCAGAUGGUUUGAGUCGUACUCCUCGGAAACAGACUAGGGUGAAUUUCCAAGCUAUAUUUCAGAUCAAUUACAAUGAUGGGAGUAGAGUUUAUAUGGUGAAGAUAUUCGUUCCAGAGCAUAAUCAUGAACUAGCUACUGGGAACCAGAUUGCAUUCGUUCGUUCUCAUCGUCAUGUCAGCGACGCAGCUUUGGCUCUGACAAACACAAUGACAAGGGUUUCAAUCAGACCAUGUCACACGUAUGAGUAUAUGGUGGAGCAGGCUGGGGGAUAUUCGGUAGUGGGAUUCACUAUGAAGGACCUCUACAACAAGCUUGACCAACAACGACGGACCUCCCCAUUUGAGAGUGAUUCCGAAGGAGAGCUUUCCUACAUGAGCACUGGCAGCAAAAGACCCACACUUCAUAUGCAGAUUCACUACAGAUUUGGAAGACAGUGUUAUGGGGAUGUGCUGAUAUUCGAUAGCACAUACAAAACCAAUGUUUACAACAGGCCAUUGGUUUUGCUUGUUGGGUCGAACAACCAUCAAGGUAGUAUUAUUUUUGGUGCUGCCCUUAUUUCAGAUGAGACUGAGGAGACAUACACUUGGUUGCUUCGUACAUUUUUGGAGUCGAUGAAUGGGAAGAUGCCAAAGGCGGUACUCACAGAUAGUGACGAGGCCAUGCGUAAGGCAAUUGAAACUGUGAUGCCGGAAGCAAGGCACCAUCUAUGUAUUUGGCACAUAGGUAAAAAUGCCUUUACCCACUUAAAGUCUGAGGAAAAGUUGAAGGCUUUUAACAGAUGCGUGAGGAAGUAUCAGACGGUUGAACAAUUUGAAAGGUUGUGGCAGGAAAUGAUUAACGAACUUGAUCUUCAUGACGAUAUUUGGAUCGGGAAUAUGUAUGAAAAGAGAGACAAGUUUUGUCAAGCAUUCUUUGGUGGCAUAUUUAUGGCCAGAAUGAGAAGCACACAAAGGUGUGAGGGCAUGAAUAAAGAAUCCAAGAGGGUGCUUGGUAAAGGGAAAUCCCUUGUGGAGCUUGUUGCAUUGGUGUACAGAUUACUUAUGAAACUGAGACACAAUCAAGAAAGGGAUGAAUUCAUCAAUAUAAAUUCCUUUCCUGGUGCCGUAACUCACUUGGUAGAUUUGGAGAUACAAGCCUCUUCUAUAUUCACACACGAUGUGUUUAAGUGGAUUGUAAAAGAGAUCAAGAAAGAGAGCUUUAUUACACUAAAGCAAGGAGCAGAAUGUCAUGAAGAUGGUAGUCGUGUUUACAAGGUAUCAGUUUACAAACGGCUUGAAUUUGACCACACUGUUGUUUACCACCCUGAGAAAGAGACUGACAGUGCAGAAGACCCGAUUAUGGUGUGUUCUUGUAGAAUGUUUCAGUACAGGGGAGUACCAUGUCGUCACAUGUUCACGGUGAUGAAAAACGAACACAUUUUUGAGCUUCACAAGUCACUGAUCGACAAGAGAUGGUCAAAGGACGCAAGAACUGUGUGUGAGAUCCCUUAUAUGGAUCAAUCUAUGCCCAGAGAAGCAUUGGAAGUGAGCAGGUAUGGUGCUCUAACUGCCGAAUGCAAUCAAUUGUGCUUUUAUGCUUCAAAGACAGAUGCAGGGUACAACAUGUUGCAGAAGGAGAUCAGUAGACUCUCAUCAAUUGUGGAAUGUUUUGCUAAAGAAAAAGAAAAAGUUCAAGCUCCGGCCACACCCAGCAACAUGAAAGGUAAUGUUGUGAGAGACCCUAUCCCAAUUAGGACCAAAGGUAGAGAAAAAAAUGACAAGAAGACUGUGGCUCCUAGACGACCGAUUACUUGUGGUUAUUGCCAAGGUAUUGGACAUAACAGUCAAUCAUGUAAUGUUAGGAAGGAGAAAGAAAAAGCUGAGAAGAGCAAUGAAAAUGACGAACGAAACACUGACCCUCGUCCUUCAGUUGCAACACCUGCAAAGAGAUCCUGUGGUUAUUGCAAACGAUCUGGACACAAUACUCAAACAUGUGAUGUUAGGAAAGAGAAAGAAAAAGCUGAGAAGACAAACGAAAAUGUUAUGGGAACAAGCAAUGAUCCUCCUCCUUCAGUUGCGACACCUGCAAAGAAAACUAUUCACUGUAGUGCGUGCAAAGGAGCCGGGCACACACACCGUAGAUGCCCAAACAAAACAAAAAAAGGAGACGCCUCCCCCACAUCUGAGGAGUGA